UCUUCUUGGCAAAGAAAAAGUAGUAAACGUUGACCGGGUGUCAAUGAAGGCGAGAAGAAAGCAGCAGCAAAUUGCGUAAGCUUGAAAUCCUCCCCAUUGACGCGGCCCAAUCAUAAUUUCCGAGUAUAACUCUCCAUUUUUGUUUUUCCUUUUACUUUUUCCCCUCCCAAUAUUUUUCAAACCGCCCCUUUCUCUCACUAUAAAUAUGGCCGCCCUCUCCCUCACUUCUUCAUCCAUUCUCAACCCUAGGGUACCUCCAAACUUUCUACAAACACAGAGGUCCCCUUUUAUAAAAAAAAAAAAAAAUCUGCACCUGCAGCUCCAUUUCCAGAUCUUCUCAUCCAAAAAGGAAAAAAAAUGGCUCGUUCAUUCUCCAACGUUAAAACCGUCUCUUCCUUCAUCGGCAACCAAAUCUCUGCCGCUGUUACCAGGAGGGGAUACUCUGCUGCGUCGCAGUCGCAGGGGUUGGGUAGCACUAGCAGGGCUGCCGGGGCUCCGAACAUGAUGCUGAAGAAAGGAUCCGAGAAGGCCGGGGAGAGUGCAUGGGUGCCCGACCCGGUGACCGGGUGCUACCGGCCGGAAUCGAAUGCGAAGGAGAUGGAUCCGGUGGAGUUGAGGAAGAUGCUUAUCAGGAGCAAGAACAGGGCGAAAUGAACCGCACCGGCCAUGGAAACGGGCUUCCAGAACGUCACCGCGUUCGGCCCGUUGCUGGACCCGGAGCAGUCGGCCAGCUAGGGAGGCGAUAGAUGCAAUGCAUUAGCGCGUAGAAUUUUUUCAAAUUCUAUUUGUUUUAAUUAAUUUGAGCAGAAAUAUAGAGAAAUUGUCCUGCUCAUCUUCUUCGUCGUUUCCUGGUAAUUAUUACUAGUAUUUCCCUGUGUUUAUAUGCUCAGGUGAUCAGACUAUUUAUGUUGCUAUUAUUAUUAUUAUUAAAAUAGAGAUUUUUAUUUGAAUA